AUGGGCUCCUCUCGGGCACCCCGGAUGGGGCGUGUGGGAGGGCAAGGGAUGAUGGCAUUGCUGCUGGCUGGUCUCCUCCUGCCAGGGACCUUGGCUAAGAGCAUCGGGACCUUCUCAGACCCUUGUAAGGAUCCCACACGUAUCACCUCCCCCAAUGACCCCUGUGUCACUGGGAAGGGUGGCUCUAGUAGCCACAGUGCCUCCAGCAGUUACAGCAGCUCCAUUUCCAGUUCCAGUGGCUCCAGUGCUGGCUCCAGUGGUGGCUCCAGUGGUUCUGGUGUCUCCGGUGCUGGCUCCAGCGGAUCCGGUGUCGCCCAGGGUAGUUCUUCAGGAUCUUCGGCAUUUAAGCCAGGAACAGGGUAUUCGCAGACCAGCUACUCCUCCGGAUCUGGCUCUAGUCUACAAGGCGCAUCCAGCAGUUCCCAGUCAGGAAGCAGCAGUUCCCAGUCGGGAAUCACCAACUACCAAGCAGGGCAUGGCUCCGCUCUACCAACCAACGCUGAUUCUUCCCGCUUGUUAAUAAGCUCUUCCCAGUCUGGAGGAAGCUCCUCCAUUUCCCAAAGCUAUGGGAUGUCCAGCAGCAGUGGCCAAAAGGUCAGCUCCAACCUGCGUCCCUGUAGUUCCGACAUCCCCGACUCUCCCUGCAGUGGGGGGCCUAUCGUCUCGCACUCUGGCUCCUACAUCUCCAGCUCCCACUCCGUGUCAGGGGGCCAGAGGCCUGUGGUGGUGGUGGUAGAGCAGCAUGGCUCUGGUGGCCCUGGAGUGGUUCAAGGUGCCCCCUGUAGCAGUGGAGGCCUUCCAGGCAAGCCCUGCCCCCCCAUCACCUCUGUAGACAAAUCCUAUGGUGGCUAUGAGGUGGUGGGUGGCUCCUCUAAUAGUUAUCUGGUCCCAGGCAUGACCUACAGUGGAGGUAAAAUCUACCCUGUGGGCUACUUCACCAAAGAUAACCCUGUCAAAGGCUCUCCAGGGGUCCCCUCCUUUGCAGCUGGGCCCCCAAUCUCAGAGGGCAAAUACUUCUCCAGCAACCCCAUCGUCCCCAGCCAUGGCUCUUCCAGUUCCAGCGUCUACCAGUCGGGAGCUUCCUCAGCCAUCGUGUUCCAGCCAGUGGGCUCUGGCGGGGUCCAGCCCUGUGGGGUUGGCUUCACAGGCUCUAAGGGGCCCUGCUCCCCCUCCAGUUCUAGAGUCCACAGCAGUUCUAGCAUUUCCAUCAAUUCUGGGUCAUCCUCCCAUCCCUGCGGCAGUGCUUCCCAGGGGCCCUGCUCCCCAUCAGGCACCGGCUCCUUCAGCGGCAGCUCCAGUUCCCAAUCCGGUGGCAAAAUCAUCCUUCAGCCUUGUGGCAGCAAGUCCAGCUCUUCUGGUCAUCCUUGCACUUCUGUCUCCUCCUCGACAUUGAGUGGGGGUCCUGACGGCUCUCCCCAACCUGAUCCUUCUGCUGGUGCCAAGCCCUGUGGCCCCAGUAGCUCUGGAAGGAUUCCCUGCCGCUCCAUCCGGGACGUCCUGGCCCAAGUGAAGCCUCUGGGGCCCCAGCUUGCUGACCCUGAAGUUUUCCUUCCCCAGGGAGGGUUACUUGACAGUCCAUAAGUCAGUUUUGCAUCUGUGCUUGCACGGGCAUGCACAUAUACACACACACCACUACCCGAUUGGGAGCAGUCCCGGGGCCCAGGCAUAGGGUGAGCUCAGUUUCCCUUCUCCCUCCCAAGACAGCUGCUCCACUUCCUCCACUACCCUAAUGUUGCGGACUCUCCCUUAUCACUUCUUACCUCAUGUACCCAAAAUGGUAGACUCCAAAUCCCUUUCCUCAUUCUCUCCAACUGCUUAGAUUCCCAUUCCACCGCAGUGCCCUCUGCCAGAUAACCACUCCUUGAAAUUUCCUCUGCUGUUUCUUUGAGACGGUCCGUUGACCAACCAUACCCACUCAGGUUGUUGCCUGGGGAACCCCUCAAAUGCUCCCAGAGAACCUCUAAUGCCUGGACUCCCCUUUCCUCUCCCCCUUUGCCAAAUAAAGCAAAGUCCAAACCAUGACCUGAAAACAAUGACCACUUUUCACAGACUUCUCUUCACCAUCUGGUCAAUGAAAUGGGUUCUCAAUCCCAAUUCCACCUCCACCCUCCAUUACAGAGCCCACCACGCCCUCUGAGAUCAGUUUCCAACAGACCCCCUGUCUCUCGAGGUCUCCAUCUCAGCCCCAUUCCUGGCUGCCACUCCCCUCAAUGCUCAGAUGCUUCCCUGUAAGGGAGAUGCCAGGACAUCCUCAGAGACUGGAGCAGGCUCCCUGCUCUCUCUGGAUUCUGGACAGAUGGCUCAAUAAACUUUGUGAACUAGA